CUGCAGAAGCUGCUACAGAUGCGCAGGAAGGGGGUGCUGGAGGAGGAGCAGAGGGACAGCAGCAGUGAGCACAGGGGAGAUGAAGAUGAUAUUCCUCUGGGCCCCCAGUCCAACAUCAGCCUCCUGGACCAGCACCAGCACCUUAAAGAGAAGGCGGAAGCGCGCAAGGAGUCGGCCAAGGAGAAGCAGUUGAAGGAGGAGGAGAAGAUCCUGGAGAGCGUGGCAGAGGGUCGAGCUUUGAUGUCAGUGAAGGAGAUGGCAAAGGGCAUCACCUACGACGAUCCGAUUAAAACCAGCUGGAAGGCGCCGCGUUACAUCCUGGGCAUGUCGGAGGCACGGCACGACCGCGUGCGCAGAAAGUACCACGUCCUGGUGGAGGGCGAGGGCAUCCCCCCACCCAUCAAGAGCUUCAAGGAAAUGAAGUUCCCGGCAGCUAUCCUGAGGGGCCUGAAGAAAAAGGGAAUCCAGCAGCCGACCCCCAUCCAGAUCCAGGGCAUCCCCACCAUCCUGUCCGGCAGGGACAUGAUCGGCAUCGCAUUCACUGGCUCAGGGAAAACCCUGGUGUUCACGCUCCCCGUCAUCAUGUUCUGCCUGGAGCAGGAGAAACGGCUGCCAUUCUCCAAGAGAGAGGGACCCUAUGGACUCAUCAUCUGCCCCUCUAGGGAGCUGGCCAGGCAGACCCACGGCAUCCUUGAGUACUACUGCCGCCUGCUGCAUGAGGACAGCCUGCCCCUGCUGCGCUGUGCCCUCUGCAUCGGGGGCAUGUCCGUCAAGGAGCAGAUGGAGACUAUCAAACACGGUGUGCACAUGAUGGUGGCUACCCCGGGCCGCCUCAUGGACCUGCUGCAGAAGAAGAUGGUGAGCCUGGACAUCUGUCGCUACCUGGCCCUGGAUGAGGCCGACAGGAUGAUCGACAUGGGCUUUGAAGGAGACAUCCGCACCAUCUUCUCUUACUUCAAGGGCCAGAGGCAGACCCUUCUCUUCAGUGCCACCAUGCCCAAGAAGAUCCAGAACUUUGCCAAGAGUGCCCUGGUGAAGCCCAUCACCAUCAAUGUGGGGCGAGCUGGAGCUGCCAGCCUGGAUGUCAUACAGGAAGUGGAGUAUGUGAAGGAGGAAGCCAAGAUGGUGUACCUGCUAGAGUGCCUGCAGAAGACCCCGCCGCCCGUGCUGAUCUUUGCGGAGAAGAAGGCUGACGUGGACGCGAUCCACGAGUACCUGCUGCUCAAGGGCGUGGAAGCGGUGGCCAUUCACGGAGGGAAAGACCAGGAGGAGCGGACGAAGGCCAUCGAGGCCUUCCGGGAUGGGAAGAAGGACGUCCUGGUUGCCACCGACGUAGCCUCCAAGGGCUUGGAUUUCCCAGCCAUCCAGCACGUCAUCAACUACGACAUGCCGGAGGAGAUCGAGAACUACGUUCACCGAAUUGGACGUACGGGCCGCUCAGGGAACACUGGCAUCGCCACCACCUUCAUCAACAAGGCCUGUGAUGAGUCCGUGCUCAUGGACUUGAAGGCGCUGCUGUUGGAGGCCAAGCAGAAGGUGCCCCCGGUGCUGCAGGUGCUGCACUGCGGGGACGAGACCAUGCUGGAUAUUGGAGACGAGAGGGGCUGUGCCUUCUGUGGGGGCCUGGGCCACCGUAUCACCGACUGCCCCAAGCUGGAAGCCAUGCAGACCAAGCAAGUCAGCAACAUCGGCCGCAAGGACUACCUGGCACACAGCUCCAUGGACUUCUAGCGCAGGCUCCUGGGCUGCGCUGCUGCCUGUGGUGUGUGCUCGCUGGGCCAGGCAGGAGAGUUCCCUGGAGCCCAGCAGCCUUGGCAGCUGGCCCCACUUCUUCCCAAGAGCAUGUGGGGCCGGGGCUGUCUGCAGGCAGUGCCAUGCCCCUUCCCUCUGGGCUCAGACGUGUCGUAAGGUGCCCUGUGUUGUGUGGGCCAGGGGCCGGUGCUGCUUGGCCAGGCCCCGCGGUUCCUGCUCGGAGAGGAAGUACCGGAGCUAUGCUGCAAUGGCCCAUUACAUCAGCCAGUGUCGCCAUGCAGACAUGGGGCAAGCUGGGGCCCCAGCCUCUCGCAGGCCCUGCAAAGCCCCAUGGCACAGGAAAGCCAUGGCCAGAGGCAAACCCCGGCCCUUGUCACGCGGGGCUGGGCCCAGUGACACCUGCCGAAGGCCUGGGGCUCUGAGGGGCGGUUGUGCUGGCCUCACUCGAGUUGCUCGGGGCUGGAAGGGCAGCCUGGGGCUCUGGCCGACCCUCUGCUGCGGGCCGUGUCCGGUGCUGUCGCUGGCUGCGGAGGAGCUGGGCAACCAGAACCCAGCAGUCCCCUGCAGGCUGUUGCUGCCUCUGCCAUGCUCGUUCGGCCCCGCUGGUCUCCCUGGGGGCCGUUGCUCCCCUGCGCUGCCUGCCCCUCACCCCACGCACCACAAAGGGGAAGUUAGCGAGAAAGGAAGUCUCCCCGUGCACUCACUCCACUGCAGCAGCCACCGCUCCCCAUUACCGGCACUGCUGCCCUCCGCAUAUACCCCUGCCAGGCCGGUC